CACAUUUUACCCAUAAUCCAUCACGAAGGCGCCAUUUUGAAACAUGGAUGUAAAUAAAACGGACUCAGCUGUCAUCAUGGCUUAUCAUUCAAUUUCAAUCGUCAGCCAAGUAUUAAUCACGUCAUCUUCGAUAAUCGCCAACAUGGAUACACCUCCUUCUACACCGUCAUCGUCGCAAACUUCAUAUCCAACUGUCAUGGGACGACUUGACGGAAUUCAGAGAAGUUUAGAUUCCCUCGAAAGACGAUUUCCGAAAGACCCGGCCAGCUUUUCUUCAACGCCAGUGGGCAGAAAGACCAAUUUGCGGAAAUGUCAGAGUGUGAUACGGAGGGUUAUGGAGAUCCUCCAGACUGAGAAGGACUCACCUCUUGUAGUUGAGUAUCUUGACUACAACAGUGAUUCGGUCACUGUUGCGAGAGAUCGGGUGAUUGGAGAGGUCCUGAAAAAUCACUCAGAGAAGGAAUGGGCCAACAUGGACACUUUGCGAGCAGCCUUCAAGAACAUAUGGAUCAACAAGAAAGACGACUACACCCGCAGCAUCACCGGAAAGAAAGCAGACCACAGACGAGCAGCCAGGAGGAACAAGAGAAGAACAGCAAAACUGAAGUCCCGCCAGAACUCACUGGACCAGUGCCCCAAGCCAGCAGCCUGGAAGGAACGCGUACAAGAAGUCCUCACCCGGGAGUGUACCUCUCCAGAUGUAAGCGACGAUGACCAGCCUGGGAUGAGAUGGGUUCACGAAAUACAGUGGGAGUCCACACAGAUGGUGGACAUAAAGAAGUAUUUAGACGAACGGACCGAGGCUGCUCUGAAGCAUGUGAGGAGACCACCCAAGGCCAAGCUGGAGUACGACCCGACGAGGAGCUGUGAGGAGCCCAUGCCGAAGAAGUUGCCGUCAUGGGCCAUUCGAUCCACGCAUGUGAGAGAUGCCUUGCUUGAGUCCAGCCCCAGUCAGCCUACACCAAACAGGACAAGCGAACAGUAGGUUGUAAGUAUAGAGAUCAGGUAAUUAGUAUUUUCAGGGUUUUAUCUUGGUUUGAGGUGGGUCUUUGUUAAGGGUAUACAUGGCAAAAGUACGGAUAUAUUCCGAAAAUUGAAUCAAAAUAUUAUUAAUUCAAAUUGUUGUACACGUUAGUCUUGCUCGGAAUGUUACAAAUAUUUAACACUAAAAUGCAAUCAUUUUGUUCUUGCAAAAAGUUGCCAGCCACAGGCACUUACUCGUUAGUUCCUGAGAUAAACCCUGAUUAUAUUUAUUUAGCACUAUUUGCAUUAUCAUUUGUGGACUAACACACCUUUUUAGCAUCAUUUGUUCUCACAUCUCAAUUGUCAUGUUGAUAAUGUAUUGCCAACUGCAGUCUACAGUAAGAACACUAAUGGGGAUUCCGUGUAAGAAUAUAGAUCCCCUGCAAGUUGGCAGCACCCCAUGGUUGCUGUAGGAGGUAAUUAAUUGGGUGGUCUUUGGUGUCGGUGACUUAAUUACAUGUCAUUACAUGUGCCAUGGAUUGAUGCUCAUGAUGUCAAUCAUUUGAUUGUCUGGUCUAGACUUGAUUUCUUUACAAAACGCCAUCAUGUUUUGUAAUUGAAUGUUGCUAACACCCAGCUAACACCCAGCUAACGCCACACCCAGCAUGAUGUCAUCAUGAGCAUUGAUCUACGCAAUUGGUAUACAACAUGCAUCAACCAAGUCAGCUUGUCUGACCACCCCAUCCCUUAAGUCGCCUCUUGCGACAAGCAUAGUCGCCUAAACUACAGCAAAAACAUGUUUAUUCAUCAUUAGAAACUAGUUACGAGUAACCAUGACACAGAUUGAGAUAUGUUAAGGUGGGGCUUCACUGUAUUGGGCUAGAUGUAAACUUGUAAUAUUAUGAAGCAAAUGAAAUAACACUGCAUUGUUGAGAUCAUUUCAUAUUUCCUCCUACUUUGAGUGAGUAUGGUUUUAGGGCGCCUUUAGCAGUAUUUCAUCAUCGGAAAAUGCACUUCACACUUUGAACCCAUGUGGGGAAUCGUACCCAUGGCUUUGGUGCGACAGGCCAACGCAUUAACUGCUUUGCUCUUUCAUUGACAACUUAUGUAGCCGUUACAAGACAGGAAAGUUUCUAUUGAGUAAACAGAAAGAAAUUGUUACCUUCAAAUAAAAUUAUUUGUGCUACAAAUUCAGAUUUUCUGUCUGAGAAAUUGUUGAAAUGCCUCCAUUAAAUGGUUUUCAAGAUUUAAUCAGACAAAAAAUCAGAAAGAUUGUCAUUUAUUGUAUCAUUAUGUUUGUUAUCAUUGAUUAUGAUAAUACAUAAUGAUAUUUCAAAUGUCAUCCUACCCGAUUCCAUAUUGGAUUUCAGUCAAGUGUAGGCCCUCAUUAUCACAGUAGGGUGUGAGCCCCAACAUGAGAUAAGGGUGUGUGACGAGGCCACACAUUAACCACUAGACUACCCCACCGCCAAAUCUUACUUUGACAACUUGUCAACUGAUGUAGUUUCAAAACAGGAACAGUUUCUAUUGAGUAUACUCAGAGAAAUCCUUACCUCAGAUGAGAUUACUUUGUGAUACAAAUUAAGACUAAAGAUUUUUUGUCUGUUGAAAUACCUUUUUCAAGUUUGAAUCACAGACAAAAAAUCUGAUACAUUUAUUGUAUCAUUGUUCAUUUAUGUUUGUUAUCAAUGAUUUUGCGAAUACAUAAUGAUAUUUGGUAGGAUUGUGGGUUCGAAUCCUGGUUCUAGGUUUGUCAGCACCAUACCCGUGCUCGUGGGUUUCACCGAAGUGGUAAACGUCUGAGACCUGCAUCACUUCGAGCUUUCCUCCCACAUAAGCUGAUACGUCACGAUAUUACUGGAAUACUAUUAAAAGCGGCAUUAAACCCAACUCACUCCCAGUAUUUGUCUGAUCAAGGAUAAGUUAUUUUCAGGUCACUGUAAUGUAACUGGUAUAUUGCUUAGUGUUUUUUUCUUAUUUUGCAUUCUCUCUCUCUCUCUCACUCUCACACUAUUUUGUUUGAUACUAACUAGUAUUCUUCAUAAUGCACAUUAGAAUAGCAUUUGAUUUACAUUUUAAUUUAUUUAUCCAAUUUUAUCAAUUAAGUCUCAGGGAUUCAAGGUUUGCAUAGGUCUUCAGUACCUUAUGUUUGCCUAUAAUGCUUCUAAAUGGAUUGGGUGGUCAAUAGCAAUGAUUUUGUAGAUGGUGUGACAAUGUACCAUGGUGGUGUACGACAUUACAUCUAUCACUGGUUUCUCUGGUUUAGACUCACUACUGUACAGGUCACUGCCAUGUAGCUGGAAUAUUGCUGAGUGUCAUUGAGCAUUCACUCACUCAUUUUCCUUUCGUACUCAUAAGUAUUUCUCACAUUGCACACUAGAAUAGCAUUUGCAUUAUUUGUUGAGUUGUUUAAUUUUAAUGUGUCCUUGCACAUUAUAUCACUGGAUUGUCUGGCUUUGCUUCGAUUAUUUACAUACCAACAUAAUUUAGCUGGAAUAUUGCUGAGCUGAUUUACAAAAACUGACAAAUCAAACCUUCAUGAGAACACAAUUUGUCAUCUUCCUAGAGAAGCCAUUGUGUAUAGUUGAUUAUGAAUAGUACUUAUUUAUUUAUUAUCCUAUUUAUUUCAUGCAUAUAACCAACCAAUUUCUUUUCAGUACAUUAGUGCAAUAACUGUCUAUGUGGAUGUCUUUUUCUUGUGAAGUGUGAGUGAAUGUGCUUGAGUGCUCUUUAUGUUGUGAACAUGAUAACUAUGAUCAACUACUGUGUUUAUAUAGUAUGGCAUUAUUUAUUCAAUUUCACCCAGACCAAUCUAAUAACUUUUAACAUUGUCGUAAGAGGCGACUAACAAGAUCAGGUGGUCAGGCUCGCUGACCUGGUUGAUGCCAAUUGCAUUGAUCGAUGCUCAUGAUGUCAAUCACUGGAUUGUCUGGUCCAGACUCGGUUAUUUACAGACCGCCGUGCUAUAGCUGGAAUAGUGCUGGGUGCGGGGUAAGAAAUUACAAAUAGGUUGUGAGUAUGUGAACUUGUGCGUGCUUGUUAUUUAUUGUGUCAGUUAAUGGAAGUCAUAGUUCACCAUGGCUAUUUGUCACUAUCAUGUGAAUACUGUUAAAUCUGUGAUAUGUACAUACAAAAUAUAAUUACUAAUAAAUGAAAUAUAUAUCUUAA